UUUUUUUUUUCACACCUUUUUAUUUGACACCGUCUACUCUUCUCCUCCUUCUCGCCUCGGUUCCAUAAUUCCGGACUAAUACUACCUUACCCAAGUGUACUUAGUAUCCAUUACUCCUAAUACACGCUUCACUCUUAUAUUCUAUACCCAUCAGCAUUCUUCAUUACCCCCUCAGCGACACUGUAAUAUACCCAUUCCUGCACUCAUUACCCGCCCCACAGCAUUAUCGCCAAUACACAAACAUGGACAGCUACCCUAACCCAUACGCGGCCUUGAUUGCCACGUUCAACCAGGUCUCGCCCCUGGAGGGUAAAGACGACUUGGACGAUCCCCAACAUCUCCCUGAUGACGAUCUCUUGCUCUGGGCCAAUGCUCAGUUCACAUAUGAUAUUCCACCAGGCGUGGGUAUCUAUGAGGAUGAAAUGGGUGUUAAACUGGCCAUGAGUCAACAGCAGUUCCAGCAAACUCAGCAACAGCAGCAGCAACAGCAACAGCAGCAGCAACAACAACAGCAGUUCCAACAGCAGCAAUCCCAGCCAAUUAUGACCUCUCAGGCACAGCAGAAUUCUCUCCAAUAUCAGUCGUCUGACAUGCAGCGACAGCUUCAGCAACUUGAUGCCAUCCAUCGCUAUCUCGACGCCAACUCUUCUGAAGACCCUAGGACGUCCCUCUCAGUCGUCGAAAGAUCUCGCCAAAGGAACCCCGUUGUCACAGCAGGCCCAUCCCAGCAGCCUGUCCACUUCAAUUCAAUCUAUUCACAGGGCCACAGCGAAUCCACGUCGUUUUCGACGCCUACGACAGCCGGUCCUAUUAGCCCCGCUGCAGCCCGUUUGCUUCGUCAGCCCUUCCUUGCUCUGCAGCAGCAGCCGUAUUCUGUCCAAUCCUCUCCAUUGUCAUCGCCCACGACGAUGAGCGACUUCCGUCAGCUCCAGAUCAACCCACCGCUGUCCAUCACUUCAAAGCCGAGCGAUGAUGUCCAGGCCAAGCGGAGUAUUGCUCGCAAGGAGAGCACAUCUGUUGUAACGGACUCACCUGUGAGCUCCACGACAUCCGUGUCUGCGAAUGUCUCGUCCUCAGCAUUGUCUCCUCACGCGGAGAAGCCGAGCAAUGUGGAUUCGGAUGAUGAGGAGUUCGAGAACGAACAAGACGAGAUGGAUGAACGAGCCGGGUCUAAUGGCUUGAAUUCCAGGGUUCCGAAGGCAGUACUGAGCUUGUCGCCGGACGACCCGGAGUAUGCGACCAAGCUGGCAGCCGAGGAGGACAAGCGUCGUCGGAACACUGCAGCAUCCGCAAGGUUCCGACACAAGAAACGUCUUCGCGAGCAGAUCCUUGAAAAGACUGCGAAAGAGAUGACUACCAAGUCUGAGCUGUUGGAGAUCCGUGUUCGGGAACUGGAGAUGGAGAUCAAAUGGUUGAGGGGCCUGAUUGUGGAGAAGGACUCGAGGAUGUUGGAUGUCGGUCUUUCGGCAUCGACGAUAUCAUUAGCUUCAUCGGCCUCGAACCCGCUUUCGGCCGCAGCGUCGGCUUUGUCAGGUUUGUCUGGUUCUUUGCCUUCGGGUUCAUCUGAUGGUGCAAAGAAGACAGUGAGCUCAGCACCCAAGAAGCGGACAAAGAAGACAAAAGCAUAGCAUUUCUAAGUACUUUAUAAAAAUAAAAUAAAAUAAUAAGCAGCA